CCUUACCCGCACUCUUUGUGGAAUACGCAACAGUCUCUCCCCCCAUUACGUACUCUCUCCCUCUCUCUCUCACGGCACUCUCCCCAGUUUCUCAGCUCACUCGAUGGAGCUUCUCCUUGGCGUGUUCUGCUUGCUAAUCGAAUGACGAGCCAAGUUGCAAGCUCCACCUCAUUUGUCUGCCAAUGGAGGAAAUUGAGGAAAGGUGGUAUUUUGAUCUGAAGGGGUCGAAGGAAGCCGCCGAGGGGGCUGGAAUUCGGGAGAUGGAUUCGGGGGAGAAGCGGCUCAAUGAGCUUGGCUACAAGCAGGAGCUCAGGAGAGAGAUGACUCUCUUCAAGACGCUGGCGAUAUCGUUCUCGACCAUGACACUCUUCACGGGGAUCACUCCUCUCUAUGGUUCGAGCCUCAGAUAUGCAGGGCCUGCGAGUGUUGUGUGGGGAUGGGUUGUUGUGACUUUCUUCACGUGGUUUGUCGGGAUUGCGAUGGCUGAGAUCUGCUCCUCUUUCCCGACUACAGGCUCUCUUUACUUCUGGGCUGCUCAUCUCGCUGGCCCGAAAUGGGGACCAUUUGCUUCGUGGUGCUGUGCUUGGCUCGAGACCAUCGGGCUCAUUGCCGGGAUUGGAACUCAGGCAUAUGCAGGGUCACAGACACUUCAGAGCAUUACUCUACUAUGGACUGGAACCAAUAAGGACGGAGGUUACUUUGCCCCAAAGUGGCUUUUCCUGUGCAUGUACAUAGGCCUCACUUUAAUAUGGGCCGUUCUCAACACAUUCGCGCUAGAGGUGAUUGCCUUCAUCGACAUAAUCUCGAUAUGGUGGCAGGUUAUUGGUGGGAUGAUCAUAGUUAUAAUGCUCCCACUCGUGGCAUUAACAACACAAUCGGCUUCAUUUGUGUUCACUCAUUUCGAGAUGUCAUCUGAGACGACUGGUAUAUCAAGCAAAACCUAUGCAGUAAUUCUUGCUUUCCUUGUCAGUCAGUACUCGCUGUAUGGAUAUGAUGCGGCAGCACAUCUAACUGAAGAAACUAAGGGCGCUGAUAAGAAUGGUCCGAUUGCUAUCCUCUCAAGCAUUGGGAUCAUUUCCAUGUUCGGGUGGGCUUACAUCUUAGCCCUCACUUUCAGUAUCCAGGAUUUCAACUAUCUAUACGACCCAAUGAAUGAGACUGCUGGAGCAUUUGUUCCCGCUCAAAUCCUCUAUGAUGCAUUUUAUGGGAGGUAUCACAGUGGGACUGGGGCAAUCAUUCUGCUAUUCAUCAUCUGGGGCUCAUUCUUCUUUGGCGGGCUCUCGAUCACUACAAGCGCUGCUCGAGUUGUAUAUGCUCUAUCAAGAGAUAGAGGCAUCCCAUUUUCAUCCAUAUGGAGAAAGAUUCACCCAAAGCACAAAGUCCCCUCAAAUGCUGUGUGGCUUUGUGCAGCCAUCUGCAUUCUUCUCGGCCUCCCCAUCCUGAAAAUCGAUGUGGUCUUCACAGCCAUAACUUCAAUAUGCACGAUUGGCUGGGUUGGUGGUUACGCAGUCCCUAUAUUUGCGAGGAUGGUCAUGCCAGAGCAGAACUUUAAUCCUGGCCCAUUCUACCUGGGCAGGGCGAGCAGGCCAGUCUGCCUGGUUGCUUUCCUUUGGAUAUGCUACACAUGUUGCGUGUUCCUUUUGCCGACGCUGUACCCGAUUAGGUGGGAGACAUUCAAUUAUGCACCUGUGGCUCUGGGUGUGGCCUUGGGCUUGAUAAUGAUUUGGUGGGUUUUUGAUGCUCGAAGAUGGUUCAAGGGACCUGUUAGGAACAUUGAUAGUCCAUACGAUAAGUCGGAGCACUUUUAGGAAAUUAAAAAGCUUACUUUUAAGAAUUUUCUAUGCGUCACGAUCUGUUUUUAUGAUAAAGCAUACAUGAUAUGUAUAUAGUUGCAUUCAUUAUCCAAAUUAAUCCAUUUCAUCUUAUCAGAAUUCACCAUCA